GUCAGUGGGAUUUGAGGGGGAGCAUGGGAGCCACUUGCACGCCCCAACUUAAAAAAGAAAGCGGCUCCCACCACGAUAGGCUUCACAGACAAAUCUCCAACGAGGAGAAACAUUCUGUACAUCUCAGGCAUGCGGUUUGCUCGGCUGCUCUGACCAGAAACUGCAAUGCAAUAAGCUUUAAAACUCGCUCCUAAUUAAUUUUCAAAGAAUCAUCCUUAAACGGCGCCUAAGUGUGUUUCAAUUCCCACGAUGGUGAAGCGCGCGGUGGCUUUAAAUGAGGUUAUCAGAAUCGCGAGGAGGAUAUGGGAACAUUUCCACUAAGAUGCCGGUAUCUGUGCUGCACACUGGGCUCAUUGGAAAUUUCAGUGGAAGUAUUAGUUGGAAAGACGCUUCCUGUAACCGCGUAUCUCACAGAUAAAUGGAGUAACGGAGAGGAGGGGGGCGAGCAGAAAACUUGACACAGCGCACAAGUGAUGGUCAGUCAACUCUCGUGGACUUCUCUCUCCAGAGGUGCCAAUAAAGCGUCUUGUUAUUAUCGCAGAUGUUGCGGAGUAGCCCACAGGGGACAGGUCACCGCGUCGGCGAGAGAGAAUAAAAAGUGAGCUUCGCUGCAGGGCGACCGAUCCGCUACUUCGGCGAGGACGCACACUGGACUUGGAGCCCGGAUCGUUUGAGCCGUUUUGUGCGCUCUCCGCCUCCAGGCUGCCGGCUCUCAGAGGAGGAACGCAGAGGCUCGGCGAAUACUCAUAUGACCGCAGAGGCUUUGAUUUUCCAUACAAGAGAGCAGACUUUAAGGGGACCUAUUUCGCAAAGGACCGAAUCGGGAACACAAGAGUAAAAGUUGCGCACAGUCUGCUUUGCUGCAGAACACGCGGGGAUCUAAUCGCGCUUGGAGAUUUCAUAAAGGUGCCCGGAGAAAGACUUUUUGCUUCUUCUUCAUUUUUUUUGUGACGCUGCUACACGGGAACUAUGAGCGGACUGCGCAAGCACUUCUUCACGGGACUGGUGCUACUGAUGUGCGCGCUGACCGACCACUGGGGCGAGAGCGCGCCCUCGACGGCGCCCGCGGCGGCGGCGGCGGCUGGGGACGCGCACCCGGACCUGAGGCGAAUGGUGGAGAUCGUGAAACGCGUGGAGGAGAGCAGGGGCCGUCACGGCGCGAGGGCGGGACACCCGCUCGCGUUGCGGGCGAUAAGCUCCCCAGCGGAACAGAACGAUUACCGUCACGUGAAAACAGACAGAGGGAACCCGGUGGUAGUGGUGUAUCCCACAGAUCUGAGAAUGAAGGAGAGGUUCCUUAAACAUUUAACGGGUCCACUCUACUUCAGUCCCAAGUGCAGGAAGAAUGUGUACAGAGUUUACCACCACACCAGAGACUGCACAAUACCUGCAUACUUCAAAAGAUGUGCGCGACUUCUCACAAGGCUAGCCGGCAGCCCACAGUGCACAGAGGGGUAGCACACGCAAAGGUCGAAGCAAAACACGAGUGCUCCAGAGGAAAAAAACUUGGGUAAAAAAGUGCCUUGAACAGUAAGAGGGAAGCCUAAAUCUGACCACCCCCUGACUGAUAUUAGGCACAGCAUUGUCCUUCACUGAGGUCUCUUCUGCUAAGGCGUGGGCUUGCUGCCACCCACCACUCUGGCUGGGCCUUGGCGGUUAGCUGUCACCACAAGGGAGCAACCAGACCAAGAUAAAGAUGGUGGAACUGAAGAGUAGGAGUGGGGGACAAGUGGCUGAGAGAAACAAUCCUGGGGCCUUUUCCCCCUGCUAGAAUCCAAAAAAAAAAGAUGUUGCAAACACAAAACCAAAAAAAAAGGGAUUUCUUAUUUUUAUUUUGUUCAUUUUCUGUAAGAAAAGAGCAAAAUCCAAAUAUACUAUUUUUAGAAUGACUUCAGAGAUUGGUUUGCUCUGCAAUGGGUUGAUCCCACCCUUUCAAAUGCAUUACGCAAAAAAAAAAAAAAAAAAGAAGAAGCUCUCGCAGACCCCCACAGCCGGCAGUCACAUCACAUUGUUUCAUCCACUUGUGCUCACACUGAGGAAGAGCUGUGAUUAAACUGCAUGAAUAUUUCUCUGCGCCUUCACGGUUUUGGAAAAAAAGAAAAAAAAAAACAGCUGGCGGUUGUAAGUCACAGCCCUCUUGUGGAUCUCGGUGGAGCGUGGCACAGCCUGUAUUUAUGUAUUUGAGUCGUCACAAGGUUCACUGUACAUAAAGUAGGCCACCACCAUUUAAAACCAGAAGCAACAUGUACAUACUGUAAAGCAAAGCAUAAGCCACCUAUCUACCAUAAAUUAACACGACUGGCAUUUACCAAAUGGAUGUUAAAUAAAUAUAUAUAUAUAAUGUAUAUGUAUAUUUAAAAAUGAAAUAUAUUUAAAUAAAUUAUGAGAUUGGUACAAAUACAAGUCGUCUUUGUUGCUUUUUUGUGCAGCACUUUCCCUUUUCGAGUUCCCAUCUUGAGAUGAGGAAAAUGAUCACAUGACUGGAACGAGUCCUGAGACAUCAGAUCUGCUGAACUUCCCACUGGUGUUUCUGUUAAAAAAGGUCAACUCUGCAAGAAUUGUUUAGUUUUUUUUUUUUUUUUUUUUGAAAUAGAGCUUAUUGCAAAAUCUUUUUUUUUUUAUGUGAUCAUUUUCCACAUUGUGAGUCAGCACAUUUCUGCUGUUUUAUGACAUUCGCAGGAAAAUAGGUUCCUUUUAUAGAGCUAGACAAAACAACAUACGCUCACAUAUAUCUUUACUGGUAUGUGUCCAUGCAGAUGGUUCUUGUUGUCUUUGUCCGGGUUUUUACGAUUUCUGCCGCCAUGCCAAUUCAGUAAAGAUGAAUGCAAUCGUGUUUUCCUGUGAAGCUCAUAGAAUUGAAAACAUGCAUUUCAACACAGCGAUGAGGCUCUCCAGGAACAGCGUCUUGGUAAUCCCUGGAUGAGCAACAGACCUCACUGUGAAAAGCCUUCACUUUCUAACAUACAACAAAAGAAAUCUCUGACACAAAGCCCUAAAAAAUGGGGAGAAAAAAAGAAGAUUCGGUCAAUCCCACGGCUGCAAAAGCAUUAGAAUUAUUUAAAUCAUUUUUUAUGCAAUAUGGUGUUAACAGAUUCCUUUAAUAAUCAGAGAAUAUGCACCCAGACGCUCUGACUAUGGAGACCCAAGGCGGAGUAGAUGCAACUGCUGCAGAGUAAACAUUUUUUUGUAAGACGUUAUUUGUAUGGAAUAAUAAUUUGUUUGGGUUGAAUCUCUAAUACUAACAAGAAAACAUUCAUGUCGCUUGGAAGACUUUAAAGUCAAUAGCCCAAUUCAAGCGGAUGACAGUGAACCAGAACAGAACCAGAAACCCGAACCUGAAUAUAAUUAAAGACAAAUAAAUCCACAUGUCCACAUGACAGACAACUAUUCCUAAGUGAGGCAGUCCAGCAUCCAAAUAAAAAGGUUCGGUCAAUUUAAGCUAUAAACAAAAAUUAGAAUUCACCCUGAUGGAAUGGAAACAUGUACUCUAGGUAAAGCGUGUUUUUUUAAUUUAACCCAAACUCAGAUAUUUCAGCUUCAGAUCCAGUUUAGAGGGAAAUUAAUUGUUUCCUUGUCCGCGUUACUCUGGACGACCCACAUACCAUUCUGUCAUAGUUUCAAGUGGAAAAACCUUUAAGCAAAUAAAUACUCCCAAAGAAACCUGCUUUCAACAUGGGUUUUAGAAGAUGUUUUGGGUAAAACGACUCUUAAAAGCAUCAUUGUUAUAUCUUUUACGUGCUAGUAACAGCGGAUAAGACAGUAAAUAAGGACCAAUAAAAGGGAUUAAAUGCUCCACAGCUGGACCUGAACCACAGAUGUUGGGAUAAACAACCCAAACCACUAGUAAACCCAGAUGCCUUCUUUUCUCUUUUUUUUUUUUUUUUGCCACUAAACUGAAGAUUGACAGUCAGUGUAAUAUGCCAUUGAUGAAAUGCGAUUUUUAAACUACUAUCUCCUCAAAUUAAUUUCCAUUCAUCUUUGUGGUAUGUUUGUAUGCUAAAGAUAGAGCUGGUAUGAUUAGUUUAGCUUAGCACAAACUACUAACCUAGUUUAGGUUGAAGAUGGCACAUGUAGCUUACUAUUUAGCAUUUGUUUA